GAGGAAUCAAGGGCUCCUCCUUGAUCUUGCGGAAUAGCUUUUGCAGCGGCUUUUCAUUGUAAAAUUCCCUAUUGAAUCGCGUGAGCAAGUUUCGUUCACUACUAUAGUCUCGCGGUGUCGGACGGUACCGUACUGGUCAUUGUCAAAGGAUGAAGGCAGGGUGCCUGCCAACUCUGGAGGUCGCUCUGCCAUGAUUAAAUGUCGUUCUGGCAGCGGCUGAUUGUACUGUGGUGAAGCGAAAACCAAAGCGACUAGAAAGACGUGAGGUUGUCGACAAUGACGACCAGCCCCACUGGCGCAAAGGGGAUUUUUGGGCCGCCAACUGCCUGCAAGGUGUGCCAGCUGCCGCUAGAUUGCCUUUGCCACGCGCCACCAGAUGAACGCUUCUCUUCCUUCCAUUGCGCAUUGAUUGAUUUGCAUCUUCACUUUUUGUUACGGCAUAUUAAAAAUUAAACGAUAUAGACAGCAUCGCAAUAAUAACUGACUGCGCUAGCUGGCCUUGCUUUUCUCUUAUUUCAUCCAGCCUCUAACUCCAACACAUCAUGCCAUCGACGUAACCAUGUGGUUCUCGACACCAACGGUCGACUCGCUCACACGCACACGCCUCGCCGUGGCUACCAUCUCGCUGGUAGCUGCGGUAUCGGCAGGUUAUUACGCAUACCAGGCACACGAAGCCAACUACGUCCUUUUCCUCCCGCCCGGAGAGCUGCAUAGAACGAGCUCCGUGCGUAGCUCGCGACGAGGUAGUCGACGCAACAGACUCAGCCGAUCUACCCGGGCAAGGGCAGUUUCGAGCUCUUCAUCAGAGGAGCAUGCUGAUGAAAAUGCGGAAAAUGCGGAAAAUGCUGCUGCCAUGCCACCACCGGCAACGGACAAUGGGAUGAUUGUUGACCAAGCAAUGGAGGAUGUCUGGAACGAGAACUCGAACUAUCCUGCGCCGAGCCGAGCGGGCCAAAACAUAGUCAACCUUCUAUUCCGACUCUCCGAAGAUAAUGCUAGGAGAAAUGGUUGUGUCCAUCGCGGUUGCCAGUGCAAUGCGUGUGGCAUGGUGCCAAUCCGCGGCGUUCGGUACCGAUGUGCCAACUGCGCCGAUUUCGACCUUUGCGAAACCUGCGAAUCCCAAGGCGUACAUAUUAAAACGCAUAUAUUCUAUAAAAUCCGCGUUCCGGCACCUCCGUUCGGGCCUCGGUAUAUGCAGCCUGUCUGGUACACUGGCGAUCCCGAUACUUGUAGAAGGACACUGCCACGCCCGUUAUUGGCGAAGCUCUCGCAGGAGACUGGCUUUGAACGACCAGAGCUAGAAGCAUUUUGGGAGCAGUGGACAUAUAUGGCCAAUACUGAGUGGCGUGAAGACCCCGAUGAACUCUGCAUUGCCAUGGACCGUAAGACGUUUGAGCGGUGUCUUGUUCCGACCGGUGGCUCGCGGCAUGCAGCGCCGAACCUUAUCCACGACCGCAUGUUUGCCUUUUACGAUUCAAAUCACGAUGACCUCAUUGGCUUUUCUGAGUUUCUGCAUGGGUUAUCUUACCGCAAGCGUAAAGACAAGCUACACACAGUUUUUGAUGGCUAUGAUAUUGACGGCGAUGGGCUCGUGGACAGACAGGACUUUCUGCGCAUGUUUCGUGCCUACUACGUUUUGUAUAAGCAGAUGCAUCGGGAUAUCCUCGACGGUUUAGAAGACCAGCUGCUCUCGAGUACCGAAGUCCAACAGCUUGUCAACAGCCGCCAACCACUCAGCAGUUUGUUUGGCCGUGAGGGCCGCCUACCAUUGGCGGAUAUAGCUCUCAGAUUUGAAGGCAAGAACUACAAUGCUGACGGAAGCGUCGAUAUUAUGGAUGGAUAUGAGUCUGCUACCAAAGAUAACCAGCGAGAUAUAGCAGACCGACAGGACAUUCUGACGAGUCUGUUUGCAUGCGAUAGUACAGGGGAGGGACUCGGCCAGAGAGGUUAUGUCACUGGCAGUGAUGCGGACGAAAACUGGCGCACGGUUAGACGCAGCAGCGGCGCUGAUGCGGACCGCACAUAUUGGGUCACUCUAAUGGACCCGCCAGCAACAAUGGGUGAAUUGCAAGAGGCCAUCACACGUGAAGUCGAAGGACGUCGAUCUCAGGCCGCGGAAGCCGUACAUGAUGACGAGGAUGCUGUCGAGCCUGAGCAAUAUGACCAUGAUGAGCCAGUGACGAAUUCCUCGAAUCGUACCGAUAGUGCCGAGCGGAUGGCCAAGAUUACUCAGGCUAGAUUAGAGGCACCGAAGUUGGAGAAGCGAAGACGAGAUAUGGCUAGACAGCAACUGCACGAACGCUGGAGACGACGACAGUUUUAUCUAGACCAAGAGGAAGGCGGUGUUGCUCCAGAGGACUGGGAAGACGAAGAAGACGUCAUCCUAAGAGUUAGCCAGCUGAGCAGAGAAGCACAGCAAUCAUCGGACUCGCAGAGCGACUCCAAGCCAGCGACGCCCUCUGAGCUUAGGGAUCCGCUCAAAAUGAGAGCAAAGGCCGGCGCUCGGGUUAGACAGACGCCUACGUUACCAGAAGUCGAGCGCGAUGCUGGCAAAGAAAUCCUCUACCAGGUUACUCAGCAAGCCUUCAACGAACUCCUCGAUGCUAUCUUCAAGCCGGUUGAAGAUUUGGCAGUAGAGGCUAGCGAAACAAAGGAUAAGCGAGAGAAGUACCGAGAGCAACUGGACGCCAUUGACUUUUCCGAAGUAGCGGACCACGGAACAAAAGUGCCAAUGCGCACCGGAGUCAUGCAGUCGAUUGAGAAGACCAUUGAAGCUAAGUCCUUGGAUGAGCUUCUCGCUGAGACUGGCUACACUGUUGCCGACGACACGGAACACCGCGACGCCGUUGAUCUCACCCAAGUCACAGUAACCAUUCACGAAGAUGAACCGGUUGCUGAAGAGCCCCCCCCCUCGUCUUGUGAUCCAACACUCCCUCAGUUCCGGCCAAACUCGGUGUCUGAACGAGUGCCGCUCUUGGAGGUAAAGCAGCCUCCGGUAGCCGAGCCCGUGGUUCAAGAAGAGCCUACACAGGAGACAUUGCUGCGUUGGAGGCGUCUUGACCUGGCAGAGCUGGUUGCUUCGCGUCGCGGUGGCUGGGGAAAGUUGGAAUACGAGGAGUUUGAACAAAUCUAUCGCAUGAACGAGACGCAGGGCAACCGCCUCGAUUACCUUGGGAGCUGGAUUGACUUUUGCAUUCCCUAAAGGUCUUGUGUAAUAAGCCAUGACAUAGAUGUGCCUUUUGUAUUAAUAUCAUUUACAUGUACACUAUUCCAUUAUCCGUCCUUUACCAAAAAAGGGCGAAGCUAGCAAGUUAUGGCUAGUAUUGCAGUCGGUUAUAUAGUAAAAUGGGACAAAUGUGGGGAUAUGAUAGCCCGGGUAACUCAACUGGUAGAGAUUGAGCACUUACCGUCCCUUCUUAGGCUCAUGGGUGCAGGUUCGAAUCCUGCGCUGGGCGAAAUGUUCCUUUUCUUUUUUUUGAAUCUGUUUGUUAUAUGCUAGCUAUAUCAAGCCGGAUUGACAAAUGAAUAACCAAGUUACAACGUUUCGUUUUUAUUCAAGACGUUUUUUUAUCACGAAUUUCAAGGAGAUGUAAGUGUAGGGUCGUCCCAAAUGGACGUAUGUAAAGUAUCAUUAACAAAGUAGAACCUUUCUAAGUACAUGAGUAGUAGGUAUCCGUUUUCCUUAAAACGCCAAUGCUUCCUGUAAUGCAAUGAUAACACAAAAGAGAAGAGAGAAAUUAAGCGCGGCAGCUGAAUGGACAGCUUUUAGUUGUGCGCAUCGAGCAUCUUAACAAUAGUGUAACUUGUGCCUGCGGCCAAGACACCAAUGAUGAGAGUCUGAAUCGCACCCCAGACACCAGCGCGGUGAUUGCGAAUGGCAACGUAGUUCUUGACGUAGCCAAAGACAACGAGGAUAACAGCGGUGACGGCAAUGGAGACAAGGAAGGCGUCGCCAACCUUGGCCAUGAUGAAAUAGGGAAUCAUGGGGACGAUGCCACCGAUGAAGUAGCUGAGACCCAUGGUGAGGCCAGAGAUCCAAGCGUAGUGGAUGUUGGGACGGUCCAGACGCAGAGAGAAGUCGACCAUGAAGCGAGCCCAGUGCUCGCGGUUCUUGCAGAGCUCAUCGACGAGGGGCGCGACAGCCGCGCGGGGAACGUGGUACUUGUCCAUGAUGCAGAAGAUCUGGGCGCGCUGCGCCUCGGGCAUGGCAUCGACCUGGUUGCGCUCACGCUGCUCCUCGGCAUUGUAGUGAUCACGCUCUGUUACGGCAGCAAGGUAGGCACCGAGACCCAUGCUGAUGGCGCCGGAGAAGAGCUCGGCAAGACCACCCAUGAUGACAAUCUUGGUGCUACCAAGCGACGAGAGACCGGCCGUCAAGGCAAAGGGGACGGUGAGACCAUCUGAGAAGCCGAUGAUGACAUCGCGGAGGAUAUCGGUAGUCUCGAUUCUGGCUGGCUCAUCAACAGGAGACUCCUUAAGCUCGCUGAGGAGAGGCGAGUAGCGCUCGAUAGCAGGCUCGGCAGGGAGCAGCGGCGAGGAUUCUGUGUGGGCGGGCAUUGUGGCGGCGUGUAAGUAGGAGUGAGGAGGAGGGUGGUAUAGGCAAUGAGGAUUGUGUAGAAGAAGUGGAUGUAGGAUUCAAAGUAAAGACAGACGUGUUUUUAAAGAGUCCUGGGCAUGGAAGAUAAUAAGGCCAAGAAACAAAAAAAAGACAAACGGCAAGCUCAGCUUCAUAUACUUGGGUGAGGGACCAGAGCGUGCACCAUGCAAGCAAGCUUCAAGCUCACCCGUCCCCAAAACGAGCCAAUGGCCAUCAUUGCAAUUACACCUCUGCAAUGUCAUUCGAAAACAGCGACGCGCUGGUUGGCUGAAGUUUCGCCAGGUUUCCCUGCGAGGGAUAGCGUCGAUGCGAUGUUGGUCGGGUCCACCAAUCAGAGCGCUUCUUUUAGUAAGCGUCAAGGGAUCCGGGUACGUGAAGCCGUGCAAACGCGUAGCUGCAUCCCUGCGGAGGUCCGAGUUUGAGUCCGAAAAAAUAUUGAACGGAGACAUUAUGCUGCGUGUAUAUUGAAAGCCAGAAGGAAUUCCAAGUGGCGGGCUCGUUCACGCUGGUUGUUCAUGUAGCAGACUAGUCGCGGCGGCGCCAGCGGUGGUGUCGUCGUCGGGCCAGUGCACAAAGUCGUUUAGCCAAUUCUGGUCGAUAUUAUCCAGCGGCCAAUCAAAGCUGAGGCUGUCCCAGUCCAGCGGUGUCGUCAUGCCGCUACUGUCGUCGGUCAGCGGCGGCGAUGUGAGAUGCGUGUUGCCGCACGCUCCAUUGUCUCUUCGCUGGCCACGUAGGAACUCGCUGGGCGUCAUGCCGGCGCACUUUUUGAAGACGCGGUGGAAGUGCCACUUGGACAGACCCGUCUGUUUAGCCAUUUGGCUCAAGCUAAGGACUCCCCCAGUGUGAGCCUUGUCGUUAAUAAAGGCCCUGAUCUUGCGAACCGCCAGCUCCUCGGGCAUGCUGCCAUCAAUGUCUGGUUUGCAGCGCUUGCAGGCCCUGAAGCCCUUUGCCUGUGCCUCAGUUCCCUCUGUGUAGAAUGCCACAUUGGCCCGACGAGGCAGACGAGCCUUGCAGAUGGGCCGACAGUAUAUCUUUGUCGUCUUUACAGCGUAGACAAAUGUGCCAUCUGCGAGGGUGUCCUUGUUCUGCACGGCGGCCCACCUGGCAUCAUCGUCGGCGUAGCUGGACACUGGCUGGAUGAAUAACUGGUGGCUGAGUUCUUUCUCCAUGGUGAGGUGCAUCUGAAUUUGGUUUGACAAAUAUUUGAGAUAAUUGCAAGAAGCAGAAAAAGCGUUCAGCGUGCCCUCACUUUGCA